AUGGCCGCUCGCUUCGCCGCCGCCCUCGUCGCACUCCUCGUGCUCUUCGCCGCCGCCGCAACGGCGCAGGCCCCGGCCGCGUCGCCCAAGAGUGCGCCGGCUCCGGCGCCGCCCAAGAUGGCCCCGCCGCCGAAGUCCCCCGCGGCUUCACCGCCCGCGCCGCCCAUGGCGACCCCGGUCUCCGCACCCUCGGCCGCCGUCCCGGCCAUGAGCCCGUUGGGCGCCGGUAUCGGCGACGCGCUGCCCCCGGCUGGUGCCUCCGUCCUGACCCCUGCCGCUGCGCCCGCCACUGAGAAGAGCGCCGCCGCGUCUGCUGCAGCCGCCAGCUUCGUCGCCGUCGCCGGCUCUGUGGUCGCAGCCGUCGUGUUCUAG